GCUUAAUCUUCAUCAACGCCUUUGCUUGCUGUCUUCAACAGCAGUUUCAUAAGGUGCCAUAGGAAGUUGGUCUGGAGAUGGACACAAGCUUUCAGCACCCCAAGAUGCACGUUGCCCCUGAUAAGCUGCCAUUACUCCUGAUGGGGAUAAUUUGUAUUACAGAGUUUCAUGCUGUACCAUUUGUUCUUCAGAAAGAUCCUAAGUGUGGGCAGAAAGUUCAUGAGACAAAUCCAUGGAGUUACCUUAACCUUUUCACUCGGAUUGUUGGGGGGAGCCAGGUGAAACAAGGCUCACAUCCAUGGCAGGUUUCCUUGAAACGAAGACAGAAGCAUUUCUGUGGAGGCACCAUUGUUUCUGCUCAGUGGGUGGUCACAGCAGCUCACUGUAUCUUAGACAGGAACAUGCUUGAGUAUUUGAAUGUCACUGCAGGAGAGCAUGAUUUGAGGAUCAGGGAGAAUGGAGAGCAGACACUCCCUGUUAAAUAUGUCAUUAAGCAUCCAAACUUUGACCCCAGAAGGCCGAUGAACUACGACAUUGCCCUUCUGAAGCUAGAUGGAGCCUUCAACUUCAGUUCGUCAGUUUUGCCAGCAUGUCUUCCUGAUCCAGGUGAAAAGUUUGAAGCAGGAUAUAUCUGUACUACUUGUGGCUGGGGACGUUUGAAUGAGAAUGGAGUACUCCCUCAAGUUUUAUAUGAAGUAAAUCUACCAAUUCUGAAUAGGAAUGAAUGUUCAAGAGCUUUGUCAUCUUUAAAGAAACCCAUCCAAGGUGACACUAUAAUGUGUGCUGGAUUUCCAGAUGGAGGAAAAGAUGCCUGUCAGGGAGACUCAGGGGGCCCUCUUUUGUGCCGACGUAAGCACGGUGCCUGGAUUCUCGCUGGUGUGAUCUCCUGGGGGAUGGGAUGUGCUCGUGGCUGGAUAGGUAAUGAGAAGAAGAAAUAUUAUGAAAGAGGAUCACCAGGAAUAUUCACAGACCUCAGUGCGGUGCUUUCCUGGAUUCAAGAAAAUAUGAGUGCUGACCUGAAAAUGAGAAGUUCUACACCGUUUUGUGAUGUUCAGGAUGGCAAACUGCCAAACAGUGAAGGAGAAUUACAUUUUCCUGGAAGUCUCAAACAGUUCUAUCAAAACCACCAAUUGUGUGUAUGGACUCUACUUGUACCAGAAGGAAAUCAUAUAUUGCUUCGUUUUUCCCACUUUGAUUUAGAGCCAGAAACACUUUGUGACUAUGAUUCUUUAUCAGUCUAUUCAAAAGACAACAGACUUAUUGGGAAAUUCUGUGGAGGAGAUCUUCCACUACCCGUUUUGAUUGGCUCCAAUAGUAUAAGGCUGAAAUUUGUUUCUGACAGCAAGGAUUAUGGAACUGGUUUUUCCAUGAUGUACAAAGCUCUUACACCAGAUACACUUCCUAAUUCUGGCUGUGAGUCCAUAGCUGUCCUUUUUGAAGAAGGAGUGUUACAAAGUAUGCACUAUCCAGAACAGUACAGUAAUCUGGCAGAUUGUCAGUGGAUUAUUUGUGCACCAGAAGACCAUGUAAUCAAGCUUACAUACAAAUUUUUUGAAGUAGAAGAGAGUGAAGAUUGCUCUUAUGAUGCUGUGACUGUAUAUGAAGAUGUGGGAAAAGAGGAGGAAAUUGCUAAGUCUUGUGGAUUUGACCUACCAGCACCUGUUUUAAGCUCCUCUGCUCUGAUGCUUGUUGUCUUUCAUUCUGAUGAAACAGAGACCUUUGGAGGAUUCAAAGCUACAAUCUCUUUUGUUCAUGUAACAGAUUUAGAUACUUUGAAUUCAACUAGUGAAGAAGUUUUUGAAGAUAUGGAUACGACUGUAGAAGAGAUACAGGUUACAACAGGGAACUGUACAGAGACCUAUGGAUGGUGGUCACAGGACUUCAUGAUCUGACAGAGCAAGAAUACAGACAGAAAAGAUCAGUGAAGCAGUAUAUUAUACAUCCAAGCUUUAACAAAACCACAAUGGACUCGGAUAUUGCUUUACUGCGACUGGCCGAGCCCUUAGAAUUCAACCACUAUGUGCGGCCAGUGUGUCUCCCUGCGAAGGA